ACAGCGGUUAUUCCAAUAAUUCAAUAUGGCGGAAAGCGGGUGCACUAAGUUGUUAGUGAGACACUUGCCUUCUCAGCUGAAUGUGAGCGACAAAACUGACUUACUGAAACAUUUUGGAGCUAAGGAAGUAAUAUGUAUGGAAAGAAGAGGGAAAAUGGUGAGCAUCUGGCUUUUAAUCUGUCAAGGAUCUGUCUCAGUGUCAAUUGAAUUUUCACGAAUUUGCACUAUUGUCACUAUUAAGCUCAUUAAACCUGCUGUGCAGUGUUUCCUGAUGUUUCUUAAAAAAUGCAAUGAAUUGACGUGAUUCUGUUAUGGUAUAUUUCACAAGAUCUGCUUGUGAGUGGUUUAACUUAGUCAAUAGAAACAUUUUCAUACUAAAAAGAGCAAGCGUCCUCAACGGAUGGCCCUUGUGUUUAAGUUUCUAGUCAAGAACUCCAAAAUUGUGUACACUAGCUGUUUUUUUUCUGAAGUGACAAAACAUAUUCUUUGGUUGAAAUUAAUUAAUUCUUCUUCGUGGAGGUUUUAUGUGAUAUUUGAAUGAAAAUAUUGCUGGUUUUCACUUGACAUCAAAAUAUUCAAACUACACAAUAAUAUUGUCAGUUCUUCUGAGUUCUUACAUUAUUUUAUAAGGUAUUGUCUAGAGCAUGUGUGGCUUAACACUUUUAUUUUCCAGUUUUUGUCUUGAAAGGGUUUUUGUUCCAUGACAAGCAUAUGCUUGCAUUUCUAAGCUUUUGCAUGACAUGGCAGGAAGUAUUACCUGGGGGGUCAUUUUCAUAAUUUUCAUGAAAGUAGGUCAAAGCUCUUACAAGCAGGAAUCAAAAUAGAGUGUAAAAGCCAUGAAUAGUUAACACCCAUCUUAAAGACACAACUGUAGAUAGAGUAUGUGGUGAACUUCAGCACAAAAUUAUUUGUAGCUAGAAUAUUCAUAGAUUCUGCUGCAAUUGUGUGGGGGUCACAUUCACAAUAUGUAAAAUUUAUGGGGGGUUAUUUCUAAAUAGCUAGGAUGAAUUAGGGAGUUGGUUAGAAAGUCUUCUUGGUGUCCCUCAGAAGGAAUACUAACUUGGUGUCUCCAUAUAAAGUAUAACUAUAAAUUUGUGUAGAACAUUUCUCCAAGUAUCUCCCAUAUGAAAAUUCACAGAGACCUGAAUCUUGGAGAGGUUGUUUUCAUAUUUAUCUUUUUUCAUUUCCAAGAUUGUGGACUUAAUUUAUUAAACAAUAAUAUAUUAUUGUUUAAUAAAUUAUUCCUGUAUAAUGGAAUUUUGUAAUAACCAUUAGUUAGUAAAACUUCACUUGAUUUUCAGAGAGAUGCUGCUUUUGCGGAAUUUUCUACUCAAGCUGAAGCAGCUCGGGUAGGCUGUUGAACUGUAUUUGUGCGUAAAAUGUGUCUAAUUCACAUUGAAUACUAAUGUAUACCUUUUAUCUUAUUCUGUAAGAUUUCCAGUUAUUUUUGCGUGAUAUUUCAUCCUCUGUCAAUUAAGAUUUACCCUGCUAGCAGAGGUUCCUUUGUGGCAUGGUUUUCAGCCUGUACCAAGUCAUCAGUAGGUUGGCUUGUUUUAGUAUUACUGACAGAAACUCAGGGAUGUUAACAAGCCAGCCUACACAAAUGUCAGCAAUGUGAACAACUCCAUACAUGUUUGAAUGCUGGAAAGAAACCUCUACUUAGCAGGGUACUUAGUUUAUAUUUGUUUUGUCAGUGGCCGGUUACAAGGAGCCUUUUAAACACUUCAUGUACUGUAUGGUGUAUAAUGUUUGGUUAUGUGAAUAAUAAUAAUGCCUUACUUACUUCAUAGGCUCUUUCUCAGUUACACCAGAUAGAAAUCCUUGGUAGUAGAUUAACUGUUGAGUAUGCAAAACCGUAUCAUGAACAUCUUGCUGCUCGACAGUGCAGUAGGUAAGCAGCCAAAGUUGAACCUCCUGUAAGCAACCGCCCAAUAAUUAAAUUUAAAGGUUUAAUGGCCGCUUACAAGAAUUAAAGAGGAUCUUCUCAGUGUGGAAAGAAAAAAAAAGGGAAAAGAAUAACAUUUAUUGCAUUCAAUUUCCAAGUCACCAUAUGAGUAGUUCCUUUUUGUUACUAAAAAGUCUUUGUAUACUCUAGUAUUGUAGCUUCACACAUACAGUGAACCAUAUGUUGAGUGGUCAUCUACAAGAGUUUAAAAACAAUGGAAAAUCAUAAAAAUGGUUGUCCCCACCCCCAUCCUGAAAAAAAAAGAAAAAAAUGAUAGGUAGUCGUUAUUAAGGGUUUCCAAUCAUAAGGAUUUGACUAAGAAAGUUUGAUGAAGAAAUUAGUUAUAGGAGGUCGUCACGUACAAGAGGUGGUCGCACAUGGAAUUCAGUCGUGUUAGUCUUGACUGCAUUCAAAAGCACAGGCAUCCCAAGCUCAAAUUAUGAGGGUCUAAUGUGAUUUACAUUCUGUGAUGCAAGUGCGUCAACUCUUUGGCUCUAUUGCGUUACCCCUGUAACUCCGUUCAUAACACAAAGUUAAGCUUUACUUCAUCUUGUUUAGUUUAUUGAACAAAAGGUAAAAUAUAAUGAUAUUUGUUGUUCACAGACCUUAGUAUUUUACUUCUCAUACAAUGUCUCAAUGAUCGCCUGAAACACGAUACCAACUCGCUCUCUUCCACCCUUUUAACAUGAGCUUGGGAUGCCUGUGCCAAAAGAUACUCACUCAUAUGACAUCAUUUUUUCAUAAUCUUUUGCUUUUUAUUAUGAGUAGUUGGAGUUACCCCACUUGAGGUUUACUUGUUUGCUAGAUGCAGUUUUCAAUGGUCAGCAAAACACAACCCUUCAAAAUUCCUUCAUGAUCAUUGCCAAGAAUUGAAAUUUUGUUUAUGGCUGAUAAAAUGUACCAGUAUUCAAAAAUUGCAACUGGAUUUUGAACUAAGAAUUUAGGAUCAAUAGUGAGUUGCAUUAUUAAUGAUGGGGUCUUUUUUGGUAGAGUCUCCCCUCAAACAGAACUUGCUGAAAAUGGUAGGGAUGAAAAAGAAACCAGAAAACAAGAAUCAGAGCAAGGCACUAAAGAAAAAGCGAAAUCUAACAUGCAAGGAAUGGCACCAGGCUUAGGGUAAGAGAAAAAUAGAAGUGACAUUUUGAAAUAUGAUGUUUGAGAGUUAUUUUGUAUAAGGUGCUUAUUUUUAUUAUGAUUCUAAAACCAAGGUAUAUUAACCUUAGUGAUAAAGAAAAAGAACAAAAUUUUAGACUGAAUUUUCCUUUGCCUCAAACCUUCCUGGAGUCAUACUCAGUGGGAGGGGGAAGGCAAGGGAGGUUGGAGUUGAGUUAUAUUAAUGUCACCGUCAAUAUCCCCUUCAAAAAAAAAUAAAAUAAAAUUGACUAUUAAAAAAUUCCCAACAUUUCCCUUACUACAUGGAGAGCUAUAUGCAUUGUAUACCCAAAAUUGUUUAGCUAUAUUACCCACUGGGAAGGAAGAAAAAAAAUCUGUACAUAGUAUACCUUAAACCCUGGAUGUCCUAGGCUCAAUUACCAGCCACUGUUUGGGAAAUGAACGCGCGCUUUUCUCCUCUCUUCUCGGGGAGGACCGAGAGAGUGGUGGAAAUCAAGCCUAUGGAUGGCCCUGUUGAUUAUUUUCAGAUUGUUCAGAGAAUUUUCUUUUUUUAUCUGGUUUUUGCUCCCUUUAUGAGGAAAGAUGAUCUAUCACUGAACACUGAAAGGCUUCGUCAAUGCUAAUUUAUUGUUAUUUAAUAUUGUGAGGUUUAGUGAGGCUUAGCGAGUGCUUGGUGCCACAAAUGCUCUUCAUUGCAUUCUUUGUAAAAGUGAGAUGAUGUUUAUUAUUUUGUCUUUAAAACAAUAGAUCAUUAACGGGCAGAGACAAUGAUUUCACAGCCAGCCCUUUCUCAUGUUAUAGAUUUCAGUACAGUUAAUUAAAGUUUUUAAUAAUUUGCAGAAUAAAUUAUGCUUCGAAUCCCAGCCUUCAUUAUGUCUACCCUCCUGUAAAUGCCACAAUUCUCACCAACAUCGCUCACACUUUGGCUUGUGUACCAAGAUUUUACAUCCAGGUGAAUAAGUGACAAUAUUUUUCACUUUUCUUGUGGUGAAUACAUGAUCGAUUCAUCUAGAUAUGAAAUUUACUGUUGUACAUGUACAUGUACAUGUGGAAGUAAUGAAACGAGUAUGAAAAGCACAUUAUUAGCAUGCAGAAAAUAAUUAUCCCCAUAAUUUGUUACAGAGAAUGGAGGAUAUACUGAAAAAUUAAACAGAUUGAGAAGAACUUAGAAGCCAUUCAUUAGACUUCCAACUCAAGUGCUUUAUCCACUGUGAAGCAACGUGGCUAUGCAUUAUGUUUAUGUUUUACACUUAAUUAAGUGCUAAGUACUCUUCAUUUAUUAAACAGUAUUCAACACUGUUACACUGCUGCUGAUUUCCGCACAGUUUGUAGAAAGGCUGCAACUAAAGUUGGUCAUUGGAGUUAUAACUGACCAUAUCAUUUGACAAUGAAUGUAAUCUGCCAUGAGCAGUUAAACAGAUCAUGACUUCCUUCCAAUUUUACAUACUUUUAACAAUGUGAAAUAAAUUUUGCAGUCAGGUGCCAAAAUGUCACUUAUGGUACUUAACAUACAUUACUUGAAAAAAUGCAUUAAACUUUGCAAGUUUUAUUUAAUAUUGAAGGGGCACCUAGAAGGCCCUAAGUGACUUCUGCUAUGAUUUCAAUAUUCUCCUUCACUUAGAUAGAUGACAUUAAACAAUUUUAUUGAGAGGUAAUAGUGAUAUUAUGACAAUAACAAAUUAGCAAUACUGUUCCACUUCUUGGUAGGUUUUGCAUUUGAUGAAUAAAAUGAAUCUUCCAGCUCCAUUUGGUCAAGUUACCCCUACCCCACCAGUGGUAAGUCAGCCUACGAAAAAGUCCAUGAGGACAAGUGAGAGGUUAAAAUUUACUUGCGUCGUGGAGGGGGACAUUGGGGUAAUGCUGUAUUGAGCUUUUUUUCAAGUGGCAUUUUGGUAAUUUUAAUUUUAAUUUGCAGUAUUGUAGUAUCUUUUUGGCUGAUGGUAUUUGGUAAUAGAAGACCUAUCAUGGUACUGCGGUACUGUUCAUUUGUGCUCUGAUCUCCUGUCUAAAUACAAUAUGCAACUCAAAACACAGUAAUCUUUAAAGCUUUAUAAAAAAAGACUGUUGUAAUUGACAUAAUGGUAAAUGCACAAUUUCUAGUAGUUAAUUUUCAAUGAAAUUGUCAUGCAUCCAAUGACCAGGUUUUUCUAUCAUUUUUCUGUCGUUGGAGGUCUUGUCAUGUUUCUUGCGAUCGUUGAGCAGCUGGCUGAGGUUGAUUCUAGUACAUGUAUGCCCACCUACCCCUCCCCUAAGCCAACAUUAACAUUUACUUCUCACUUAGGGCAAAAUGUUGGCUUAGGGGUGGGGUAGGUGGGCGUACAUGUACUAGAAUCAACCUCAGCCAGCUGCUCAACGAUCGCAAGAAAACGUGAUAAGACCUCCAACGACAGAAAAAUGAUACCAAUGUAUUGUAAAAGGGGGUCAAAGAAUGCCAAUUUAUUCAAUAAAUCUUGACCUUAAAAACUGUAAUUUGUCCUUGAAAAGUCGUUCCAUUUUGUUUCUCUGAAGUUAUACGAACCAUGUAUGUCACUGUUUCAAGGCCAUGUCACUUUUCAGAAUUUUACCACAACAUGGUCUUUUUCAUGAGACUUCAGCAAGUGUACUCAUAGCUCGAUUUUCACUGGCUGUACAACUGUCUGAUGGGACCUGUCUGAUUACAAACUCCUACUAAUCAUACAGGUCCAAUUGGAUAGUUUUGGUAUUACAGUAGCAUAAUUAAGCAAUAAAUAUGGGCUGUCAGGAACCAGAUCAAUCCGUUAAUCAGAUUCAAGCUUUUUUUAUAAUGACACAAUUAACUGAUCUAUUUAAUCCUUCUCAUAUCUUCAAGUUGGGUGAGACAACGGAGGAAACACAGAUGACAGCUCUAUCUUCAGAUGAUGACAGGUUUAUGUCAAGUGAUGAGUCAGAAAUUGAAAGCGAUGAAGAGGAAAGAGAAAAGAGGUAAACAAUGUUCCUUACACUACAAAACUCCUACCCUCCAUUGGGAGUGGGGGUGCGGGGGGGCGGGGGCGGAGAAGUCCCAUAUGGAAGACAAUACCCAUGGAAAUGUUCAUUGAAACAUUACAGUUAAACCCCUAAAAUAGACCAUUCUGGGUAUGGCUCAAACUUUAUUUGACCCCUUAAAGAGACUACUAAAACAGGCACUAAAUUCUCAGUAACAAUGUACUGUUUUAAAUUGUGCAAAUUAAAAGCUUUUGAAAUUGAAUGCUGUCACAGAAUGUAAGUAUUUGGUUUUCUUCAUGUGCAGUGAAACCUCAAUAUAUGAACCUCCAAAUAACAAAGUCCUAAGUAUGACAAACAAUCUUUUUUACCCCAGUAAUAGUAAAAUAUAUGAGAAAGAACCCCAAUAUAAUGAAACCUUGAUUAGUGUACAGAUUUCUUCAGUCCCUUGGUUCUUUGUUACAUUGUGGCUCCACUGUACUUUAUUUUUCUACACAUUACCAUAAACUAUAACUCUUAGCAUACAAUGGACAUCCUCCUCUCUUAUGGUGGUUUCCCCAAUCUCUGACUUUUAUGGUCUUGUUUUUGAAAAAGUAAAAAACCUUGUAAUUUUCUCAGAGCUAAGGAAAGAGCUGAGCAUGCUCAGAGGAUGGCUGUCGCGAAGCCCGUCACCAGCUCCAAAAAACGACACAAGGUGGCACUUCACCCAUCCCAGCCACCAACCAAGAAAGGCCGAUCAGUGCCUUCAUCAAAACAUGUUCCUGUAGAAAAAGCCUUUGAACAGCCUUCUGGCCAGCCAAAGAAGAUAGAGUUCAAACUUACUGAGGCGAUUUCAAGCAUAUUUGAUGCUGGAACACCUAAUGAAAUGGAAGGUUAGAAUCUCUUAAAUGUUGGCACUUUUGGUUGGCAUAAGUGGUAUCUAUCUACAUAAGUGAUUCUUGCAAUCAAUCAAUCAAUCAAUCAAUAUUGAUUCGUCAUUAGAAUUAUAUUACAAAAAAAGUGUCAUUUGCAUUACAAAUUUAAGAAAAGAUAACUGGGAAAAUUAAUUGAUUAGAUGGAGCUCAGAAGAUACAACUGAGUUAGCCGCAAAUAUUCUUUUAAGUUCAUUUGAAUAAUAAUAAUAAUUUAAUAAUACAGAUUUUAGUUUUUCUUGAGUAUAUUUUUUAUUGAAUCUCUUUAGCAUCAGUUCCCAAUCCUCCAGAGACGACCGAAGGGUUUGGGAGAUUUGCGCCCGCAGUGGAUGCUGAUGACAACAAAGAGGAUGAGGAGGAGGAAGAGGAACUAAUCUCUGAGGAAAGCAAUGAAUUUAUAUCAUCUUCCGAAUUACGCAGGAACAGGAUAAGCAGCAAAGGUUCAUUUACUUUGAAUUGUUAUCGUAUUUCCUCUAACAAGGGAAACUUCAUCUCUCUUUGUUUACCCGCAACAUUUUUGUGUAAGAACAAUAUUUUAUUUCUGUUUCUUUAUAUCAAGUGCUAUUUCUGUACCUGAGAUGUCAUACCCAGUAAUUUUGCAAAGUGUUGCUGCGGAAAGCGGUUGUAUAAAAUAAUGUGAUCAACGAUGGUCGAAGAAGUAAAAAUCGUAGAUAACUCCAUGACGUUUUUAGCCAAUAGGGUUGGGGGUUAAAGAAUGCCGAUUUAUUAAAUAAAUCUUAGUCCUUGAAGUAAGUAAGUAAGUAAAACUUUAUUUACACAGGGUAGCCUAUCAUAAAAGGCUGGUCUCCAUAGGGGCCCUGGGAACCGUAAUUUGUCGUUGAAAAAUGAAAAAUCCUUGAAAUAUUUGUUUGCCUGAAGUUAUACGAACCACGGUUUUAUUUUGAACCUUUGAUUUUCGUACCCCUAAUCUCUUAUUUUGGCCAAAAUUUCUGACGCUUUGCUGAAAUAUACCUGAAGUAAUUUAACGCCUACAAAUCGUGAAUUAUGCUGAAGCAAAAGAAUUGAAGAUGAUAGUUUUUCUGUACCUUCAGUGUUUUAGGGAUAAACUGACGAGAAAAUAACGCAAAAUGCUAUCAAGCUCAUAUUUUAAGUGUUGUCUCAACUAGAGUUGGGCUUUUAGCUCAAAGCUCACAGCACUGCAAAUGGUCAUGAACAGUAUAACACCUGAGAAACGCCUUAUCCGAAUUCUACGAAGAUAUUUACAGUCGACUCCUGACAACUCGAACCUUCAAGGGAAAUCGUAAGCUCGAUUUCCGUAGCCUGCGUAGCAUGGCGGUUUUGUCAAGCCGAGGGAAACCAAAAAAAAAGUUCGAGUUAUUGGGAGUUCGAAGCUAAUACUAGAAAAAAGGCAAUGGGAUGGAGAAGGGAUGCAAAUAUCAUGCACACUUCACUUCAAGGGCAGAAAGAUAUAUAUUGCUAUUUUGAAAAAGGAAUUGAACAACAAAGCUUGAUUAAUCAAUGCAGAGCUAAACAUUCAGUCACAUUUUUUGUCCAGAAAUAAGGCUUCAUAGGAAAAUCCUCCGAGAAUGUCACGCAGUAAUUCUUAACCAUUUUCUCUUCUCUUUUUUAACAGAAAUGGCCGAUAUAUCUGCCUUUAAGAAUUACAAACCUGGAGACCCUACGUGCAGACUGUACAUCAAGAACGUAGCAAAACAUGUCGAGGAAAAGGUACAUGUUUUUUACACCAGCGUUGUUCUUGCUUAGGAAAACGUCUGUUAUAUUUUGAUUCUUGGUGCGCGCGAUUCGAAAACUAAAGAUUUAGUAAAAUCAUUUCCUCAAAGUUUUGAUAAGAAUUAUCUAUAUAUGUUUUGCAUGGAAAAGGCGCGUUAUAAAUUUUUAAUUGUUAAUUAUUAUUAUUUUCUAGUUUAAGGUUUUAGAAAACAAUUCAGUGAAUUUUUGCCGAACUUGAUAUCAUUGUCACUGGACUAAGCCAAUGGUCACUAAUUUUCGAAAUUUUUACAAGCAAAUGAUCAAUUGAUAAGGGUUGUGGUUUUUUUCCUUUAAUCCCUCGGGGAGUUAAAUUUAAAAGAAGUGGCCCAAACUACUAUGCACCAUUUCUCCACGAAAAGACUGAAAUGGCAGCGAAAAAAGGGGUGACGUAAUUCUCUAUGGCUUUGGCCUUCGGAAGUCCCCUAGCUUUUAUGCUAAUUGAGCUAAGUCUAUUUACCAUAGCAACCAAAGGAAAUCUAAAGCAUUUACAAAGUAAAACCAAAUUUUGAUUCAUGUAGGAAGACCUAGUAUUUAUUGAACACCGAAAUUCUUAUAAUUUGCCUUGUUAGAACGUGAGAUAACACGUCCUAUUUCAGUCUUUGCUGAUUGAAGAAAUGUUUUAGCGUUCUGGAAAUUUCUGUGUCUACUGUUGAGAACGAAACGUAAUGAAUAAUCAAUUUACUAAUGAGCCUUUAACUUAAAAAGAUCAAUACCCAGUAAAGUUUACUUUCCUGCAUCACGCAACAGCGUUUUAAAACAGCACCCCUCUAUAGUUCAGUUCUGACCUAGACCAACACCCUUUUCUCUGCUAAAGAUAUCUUCGUGUUACUUUUGGCAAAUUUUGCUAAAUAAGAACCGUAAGGGAGUUACGAAUUUCUCCUUUCAUGACUUAGAGAAUAAAAUGACGUUCUUAAGUUGACGACAUCUUGUUCCCAUAUUUGACGUUGGUUUUUUCUCCCUGAAAAAUAUUUACAUGUUUUAAGAAUAGUUAUUUCUACUUUGCAACCAUCAAACUUAGGAACCUUAUGGUCUACCACGACUUUUUUGACUUAAGUCUUCCCUUUUAAGAUCUCCACUAAUUAAGAGUUUGAGUGUGACGGCCUCUUGGAGAAGAAAAGCUAAAAGUUUCUCCAAUAUCAUUAAAGAAAUGAUAUGUCGAGCUAUUCCUCACAGAGAGACGCUUCAUCCUCCAACGUCAUCAUCACCAUUAUCAUCGUAAUCACUACCAGCUUCAACACCAUCAUCAUCAUCAUCAUCAUCGCCGCCGCCACCGCCACCGCCACCACUAUCUUUUAUACCUUUCCCUUCAGAUUGCAAGCUGUGUUGCUUCUAUGAUCUGUUUGGGCUGAAGCUCUUCUUUAACAGACUAAAUUUUUCGUACGCUCUAAUUCAGUUUGUAUGGCUUUGUUACAUGGCUAUUUCUCUUAUUUAGGACCUCAAGUACAUAUUUGGUCGGUAUGUUAAUCACAGUGUUGAGGAAGAGAGAGACAGGUUUGUCAGACUGGAUUUAUAACGGAAUGACUGACGUGAACAAUUUCAAUUCACCUUUAAUGUUCCAAAAUGGCGGUAAAACUGCUUUCCUUUUUUAUCUAUGUAGCCCUCGUAGCCUCGAUUGCUUCUGCCGAUUUCAAAACAAUUUUACCUUGUUACUAUAUAACUGAUUAAAAUGAUACGACAAAUAAUGCCCAUGUUAUUCCUAUUGAUACGUCCAUUCAAACGAAUCCUCUUUCUCAGUUUUUUCAGGUUCUCAAAGGAUAAUAACUAUUUUUCAAGUGUUGUACAAUUUUAAUGUAGAAGUUUGUGCAAACUUUAGAGUGAAAAGGAUAAAUAAAAUCCUUUCUCAACAUCCUGGCAGGACUUAAAAUCUGACAUCCCGUGAGCAGAGCUUUGAGGACAUUUUGCUGGAAUCCGAUGUUGUUGUUUGACAAGUAGUUGUUCUUAUCAAUUUUAGAUUUGACGUUCGUCUUAUGAAGGAAGGUCGGAUGAAGGGUCAAGCGUUCAUAACGUUACCAAGUGAAGAAAAAGCUAAGAGAGCUCUGAGAGACGCACAUGGCUACAUUCUACGUGGAAAACCUCUGGUUAUCGUAUCCUUGAAUGUUGGAUAUUUGUAAAUGAUCUAAAGAAUUUUCAUAAUUGCUUGCUCACAGUGCAUUAUAAUGAGAUUUGUAAAGCGAAAAAACAACUGACUGGGAACAAGUCAAACUCGGAGCAAACGCAUCCAGUUGGCGCGAAACGCGGGAAAGUGUGUUUAGCAGCGNCAGUUUUUUCAGGUUCUCAAAGGAUAAUAACUAUUUUUCAAGUGUUGUACAAUUUUAAUGUAGAAGUUUGUGCAAACUUUAGAGUGAAAAGGAUAAAUAAAAUCCUUUCUCAACAUCCUGGCAGGACUUAAAAUCUGACAUCCCGUGAGCAGAGCUUUGAGGACAUUUUGCUGGAAUCCGAUGUUGUUGUUUGACAAGUAGUUGUUCUUAUCAAUUUUAGAUUUGACGUUCGUCUUAUGAAGGAAGGUCGGAUGAAGGGUCAAGCGUUCAUAACGUUACCAAGUGAAGAAAAAGCUAAGAGAGCUCUGAGAGACGCACAUGGCUACAUUCUACGUGGAAAACCUCUGGUUAUCGUAUCCUUGAAUGUUGGAUAUUUGUAAAUGAUCUAAAGAAUUUUCAUAAUUGCUUGCUCACAGUGCAUUAUAAUGAGAUUUGUAAAGCGAAAAAACAACUGACUGGGAACAAGUCAAACUCGGAGCAAACGCAUCCAGUUGGCGCGAAACGCGGGAAAGUGUGUUUAGCAGCGGCACGUGCUUCUGCUUCUGAUUGGUGAAUGUUGCGGUAUUUUUUAGCCAAUCAAGGGGUGUAAUAAUUCAAAACUAUUAGGUGUAAUUCGCAAUUUGCACAUCUCCCAUAAUAGACUUUGUUUGCCCUCCCCCCUCCCCCCGAAAAAACAAAUUCAUAAACAUUUUCUUCAAUUUCCCCUGGGACGAUGAACGACAAGGGCUAGUCUUCUACACAGCCGUUAUGGGCGAAACAUUUCGUGACGACACAAAGAACGGUUGUGUAGCAGACAAGCCGAGGACGGGAAACUUGUGGUAGCUAGCUACACAAGUCUGGUUUUGUUGUGACUUCCGAUUGACAAAUUUUGAGUGCCAUGUCGCAAGGUUGGAAUAUGGAAAAAGAUUAUUCUCCCAGGGGAUUCGAACCCCUGACCUCAGGGGUACCGGUCGGUUUCUCUAGCCACUGAAACGCGGAGAUAAUCAUCGUCACCAUUCGGGGACACCUCCCAUACCAGACCUUUGCAUUCUUCGAGAUAGUUCCAAGCGCACCAAUCACGAUGGGUAUUACUGUCACUCUCGUGUCUCUGUGGAUUCUUUUAAUUUCGAGAGCUAUUGUAGGUCUUGAUACCUUUCCACUUUUUCCUCCUCAGUAGUAAGGAUAUCACAGCAAUGUGAUAGUAAGGAUAUUUUGGGCCGCUGGCACAGCAAUGUUGAUUAUUGUCAAUUUAUCGAUUAUUAUUAUUAUUAUUAUUGCGUUCCUUAACUUUUAUUCCCAGCAAUUCGCACGAUCAGCCAAGGCAAAAGAUUAGACAUUCACUGGCAGAUAAAAAGAAUUCAGCUGAAGAUCAAAGUCAAGCUGAGUUUAGCUGAACUCACUGCACAAGAGGCGUUUUUUCUUGUCAAUGUACCUUGUGAAUUAUCCUACCCUGGUAAAGUAAACAUUUCUUCGCGUAGGGAUAAAAUAAACGCUUGCGCCCAGAGGCUCCCUACGCCCCCGACGACGGACAUAGAAGAAAUUGCGGUUAUCACAAAGUGGCUGUUUGAUAAAUAUUGCUGUUCUUUUUAAUAUGUAGAAAAUAUCGAAACGUUUUCCAUACAAGAGGAAUUCAUAUGUUGCCCCCUCGGAAAUUUUUGGGCAAGGGGAGGAAAACGUUUCACGCGAAACCUCGCACAUCGCAUUAUUUCCAUUGGUCUGGCUGGCACCAGUACUCGACAACACUGUAGAAACUGUUGGGAACUGUUUCCGAAGAAGCUUUUUUUCCAUCGGAAAAAUUCAGUUUCAAGAGACGAUGAUUUUGUAAGAGGCCGUUAAGAUUUGUACCGGCUGGAAAUAAGUGAGAAAUCAGCGUCGUUUUCUACAAACGAUCGACUUGGAAAUUAAAAAACAUUUUAUGAAACUUUCCUUCGCGUAAAUUAUGUCCAUUUUUACUUAACUCUUAAAACUGUAUCUAACAAGUUAG